AUGUCUAUCUGCAUUCUUCACAACGGUUCUCUGCCAAGUGUGCUGAACGAGGUCUUCAACGAACUCGACGAUGCUCUCGGCCAAGUCCUCCUGGUGAGACCACCUGCUUCUUCUCCUCCAAAGGGGAACAAUGAAAAGAAAGCCGUUAUGGGUCAAAUGGGCAAGGUUACCGAUGACGGGUCGAAGUUAACAGUCGCCUUGAAUGUUUCAAAAUUCAAACCGGACGAGUUGAAAGUGAACAUCGAUGGCAGAAUCCUUACCGUAGAGGGUAAACAAGAAGUCAAAGAUGGCUCAAAUUACACCUCCAGGUCAUUUAUUCGUCACAAUGGAACUUCCAGCAGGUAUGUCGAUCGUUGGCAGAUUAGAAUCCAGACCUCACCGACGAGGUCGAGCUGGGCAUUCGAGCUACCGAAGCCGCAAACCGCUAUCACUCUAGGAGUAUCUCCUAUCACACAAGUUCGUGGUUUUUUGUUUUUAUUGCCGUAA